AUGAGCAUUAUAGACGAGCACAGCCCUCACCUCGGAAGAACUGAUGACGACAAAGAAGAAUUCUACGCGCAGUUGGAACGUGAAUACGAUCGCUACCCAGAACAUGAUGUUAAGAUUGUCGUCGGGGAUAACAACGCUCAGGUCAAUCAGGAGGAGGAAUUUAGAUCGGUAUUUGGACGAUUCAGCGUACACCUGUUGGCAAAUGAAAAUGACCUAAGACCAAUUGACUUCGCCGCCUCCAAGAACAUGGCCAUACGUAGCUCCUUUUUCCAGCAUUGCCUCCAACAUCGGUACACCUGUAGAUCACCUAAUCAAAUGGAAACUCAAAUCGACCACGUUUUGAUAGAUGGUCGGCCCAUUUCAGACAUGAUCGACGUCAAAGCACAUCGGGGCGCUAACAUCGACUCGGACCGCUACCUAGUGAUGGUAAAGUUACGCCAAAAGUUACCCGUUGGUACCGUAUGUUACCGUUGCCCACCAAGGUAUGAUUUCGUGCGGCCGAAGCAACCCGAAGUCGCCGGAAAUUACGCGCUUUCUCUCGAAGCCAGAAGAGGACGAGCUGGAAGAGGCCCCUCUAGAGGCCUGCUGGAAUGCCGUCAAGUCAGCCAUCAGCAGAGUAGCGGAGAACGUCCUAGGUCGCGAAGUACCGACGAGGAAUAUCGGCAGAUAUCAGAUGAAAAGAACGCAGCGCGGGCAAUAAUGCUGCGGAGAGCCACCCGUCUGAACGUGGAGCGGUACAAACAGAAACGGAGACAACAAACCCAACUCUUCCAGGAAAAAAGCGCCGCCACGAGGAGGAGCAGUGCGAAGAGCUACAACAGCUGUACCGCUGUCACGAAACACGAAAAUUCUUUCAGAGAUUCAACGUAUCAGGGAUGCAGGGAUAAAGAAGGGAAUAUCUUGACGUAUGAUCGUGAGGUGAUCGAAAGGUGGAGACAGCACUACGAUGAACAUCUGAAUAGCGUACAGGCAGGAGACCAGAACAGCGACGCAGAAGACUCUGUCGGUGUAGCAAGCAACGGAGAUGUUCCACCCCCAUCGAUAAGCGAAGUUAAUGAUACUAUCCAAAGGCUCAAGAAGAACAAGGCAGCUGGAAAGGACGGUAUCGGAGCGGAGCUUCUCAAGAUGGGCCCGGGCAAGUUGGCCAGUUGUCUGCAUCGGCUGAUUGCUAAGCCGCUGAAUGGAGCACAACAACAACCAUGGAUAUAUCAUGAAUUAGUCUAG